CGCCUCCGGCGACCUAUCGCCGCCGCCAUGGGCUCCGACCGCGGGGAGCUGGCGCGCCUCUGCAGCGGUCGCAACUGGUCCAAGGCCAUCCGCCUGCUCGACUCCAUCCUCGCCCGUUCCCCAUCCUCCAUCCACGACCUCUGCAACCGGGCCUUCUGCUAUUCCCAGCUCGAGCUCCACAAGCACGUCGUCAGAGACUGCGACCGCGCUCUGCAGCUCGACCCAGCGCUGCUCCAGGCGUACGUCCUCAAAGGCAAGGCACUGUGUGCACUAGGGAAAAAUGAGGAAGCUUUGGUUGCUUGGGAGCAAGGACAUGAAGUUGCUGUCCGUGACACAAUUGACCUGAAACAGUUGCUGGAAUUGGAAGAAUUAGUUUCCUCUGUUAAAAUAUGCGAGACGGUUGAGUGUGAAGACGUUGUGGAUGCAUCACCAUGUGAUACCAAAGUUGUUAUCUCAGAAGAUCGUUUCAUUGACACGUCAUUCACUGCAGCUACAACUGAUACGAAAACUGUUGUGUGUGAAGAGCAUAUUGGAAAUUCUGAAGCUUCAUCAAAUGGUGAUACGAUGUUACCUAACAACAGUAAAGACCAUAAAGAUUCUAGCAGUCCAGCCAAAGACACCACGGUGACACAUCAAACUCCCAAGAAACAACCAAAGUUGGUUAAGAAAAAGAAGGCAAAAGGUAAAAAGAAAAAAAAGAACCAAGCUGAAGAUUCGGAAGACAGAAGUAGCAGUUCAGAUGACACCAUAACACUAGACCAAGCAUUGUUUGCUACGAAAGUAUCAAAAUCAUCCAAAUCCAUAAGUUUGGAUUUCCGACUUUCCCGAGGCAUUGCACAGGUAAAUGAAGGAAGGUAUGACCAAGCAAUAUCCAUUUUUGAUCAGAUACUGCGGGAAACUCCAACUUAUCCUGAGGCACUGAUUGGGAGAGGUACAGCUUAUGCAUUUCAAAGAGAAUUGGACUCUGCUAUUUCUGACUUCACCAAGGCUAUAGAUUCGAACCCAUCAGCUGGGGAGGCAUGGAAGCGGCGGGGACAAGCUCGUGCUGCUUUAGGAGAAUUCGUUGAGGCUAUUGACGACUUGAGUAAAGCAUUGGAAUUUGAACCAGAUUCUCCUGAUAUUUUACACGAAAGGGGAAUUGUGAACUUCAAAUUCAAGGACUACGAUGCCGCAGUCGAAGAUCUUUCAACAUGUGUGAAGCGUGACAAGAAAAACAGCUCUGCCCACACUUAUUUAGGUCUUACUCUUUCAGCAGUUGGAGAGUAUAAGCGUGCCGAAGACGAGCAUCUCCUUGGCAUAAAAUACGAUGGGAGUUUUCUUGACAGUUGGGCUCACCUUUCUCAGCUUUAUCUUGAUUUGGCUUAUCCAGAAAAGAUGCUGAGUAACCUUGAGAAAGUUCUUCAAAUUGAUUCAAGGUUUUCAAAAGCAUACCAUCUACGCGGAAUUCUCUACCAUGGAAUGGGUAGGCAUAGGAGUGCUAUUAAAGAACUAUCAAUUGCUUUGACAUAUGAUGGUUCAAGUAUUGAGUGCUUAUACCUGCGUGCCUCUUGCAAUCAUGCAAUUGGAGAAUAUAAGUCUGCGAUCAAAGAUUAUGAUGACGUACUCGAUCUGGAGCUUGAUUCCAUGGAUAAAUUUGUGCUGCAAUGUUUGGCAUUCUAUCAGAAGGAAAUUGCUCUAUAUACUGCUUCAAAGGCCAAUUUAGAGUUCUCUCAGUUCAACAUUGAUGAUGAUGUUGACCCAUUAUUUAAGGAAUAUUGGUGCAAACGACUGCACCCGAAAAAUGUGGCCGAAAAGGUUUAUCGCCAACCACCAUUACGGAUCUCACUACGAAGUGGUCGCCUUAACAAGCAAGAUUUCAAGUUCACAAAGCAUCAAACCAGUCUUCUCCUAGCCGCUGAUUCAAUUGGGAAGAAAAUUCAGUAUAAUUGCCUCGGCUUCUUGCCAAAUCAACGUCAGUACCGUAUGGCUGGUUUAGCUGCUAUUGAGAUUGCUCAGAAAGUUUCCAAGGCUUGGCGCUUUCUGAGAAACCCAAAGAAUAGUGCAAAGUUAGUUAGGAGAAGGGAUAAGCUUAACAUGAGCGUAAACAGGGGUGGUUAUUGUAGCACCAGUAAUUUGUCUGCUGGAUCACCAACAUCUAGUCCAAGUGAGGAAAGGGUUUCGUCUGGGAUUUCUCUCUCCUGGCAGGAUGUCUAUAAUAUUGCUGUCAAGUGGCGACAGAUAUCUGAACCUUGUGAUCCAGUUCUUUGGGUAAAUAAGCUAAGUGAAGAAUUUAAUACUGGAUUUGGGUCUCACACCCCAUUGCUUCUUGGUCAAGCAAGAAUUGUUCGUUACUAUCCAUAUUACUUAAGAACUUUGGAAGCCGCGAAAUCCAUUAUGCUUGACUUGAAGUAUGUCAAUAAUGCAGAGGAUCGCGCAAUAUUUCUUACCGAUAUUGACAAGUUAAAAAAGAUAGAAGUUGCUUCAUCAUGCUCGGAUUUGUACAAUGUAGUUGGUGAAACCUACUGGGUUGCUACUAGAUGUGACAGCAUUGCGUUUCAGGGGAGGCGUCUUGAAGGGACAAGAAUAACCACUCAAAAUGUGGGCGAAUUAGCAUUUGACUUCGCAAUACGAACUCCAUGUACAUCAUCUAGAUGGGAGGAAUAUCAGGAAGAAAUGACUGCAGCUUGGGAGGCCAUUUGCGAGGCGUAUUGUAGUGACCCGAAUCCCACACGCGAUUCCAAUGCACUUGAUGCUGUGAAGGCGGCAAUAUUGCGCAUGACAUAUUACUGGUACAACUUUAUGCCACUCUCCAGAGGCUCCUCGGUUGUUGGCUAUGUGGUGUUGCUCGGCUUAUUCCUCGCAGCAAGUAUGGAUGUGACAGCAAGUAUCCCACCAGGGGUUCAGGUCGACUGGGAGGCGAUCCUGUCCCCAGACCCUGGCACGUUUGUCGAAGCUGUCAAGCCCUGGCUGUACCCAUCUGUAAAGAUGAGCAAGAGCCUGAAAGAUUACGCUGAUGUCAGCGUCGCUUUCGGAACGACAGGAUCGGUCGUAGCGGCCUUGACUUGUGUCGACGACCCAUAAGUUGUGAAUGUUUCAGCAAACGUUAGUUGUCUUUGGUUGUUUUAAUUUUUUUUUCCUUUGUUUGACCAAUAAAUUCCCGUGGUUUGGUUUCGAUUUGAAUUAUUAUUUCUGCAAAUGUUGUAACUUAAAUAAUAAAGUUUAUUUUUUUCUCACUUGAACGAUUGUUCUUUGUAACUUGUAACAAAUAAUACAUGAAACAUAGGCUUGCAUAAAGGAUAUUUAUGGUAUCUGUUAUUUCUAAUUGCA